CCGCUUCUCUUCGUCAGCAGUCAGCAGUCAACAGUCAACACUACAGCUUCGAGAUGAAACCCUUUGCCUGCAUUCUUGUGAUCCUCGCCACCAUCCUGGCCGUCGGCCAGGCCUCGCUCGGUGGUCUGCUCGGCGGUGGCGGUGGUGGUGGUGGCGGCGGCGGCGGCGCUGGCGGUAUUGCACAGCUCCUGCAGAGCAAGCUGGGCGGUCUCGGCGGUGGACUUGGAGGAGGACAAGGCGGUGGAUACUCUGGCGGCGGCGGUGGUGGAUACUCCGGCGGUGGUGGCUACUCCGGCGGCGGUGGAUACUCCGGCGGCGGUGGAUACUCUGGCGGUGGUGGAUACUCUGCCCCAGCUCCCAGGCCCGUGGAGAAGGUCAUCAUCGUCAAGGUGAUCAAUGAGGGACACUCCGGUGGCUACUCUGGCGCCCAGUCCGGUGGCUACUCCGGCGGAUAUGGUGGCUGGUCCAAUGGCGGCCAGUCCGGUGGCUACUCCGGUGGCUACUCUGGCGCUCAGUCUGGUGGCUACUCCGGCGGCCAGUCCGGUGGCUGGAACAAGGGCUGGUAAACAAUCCACCCAAGUCCUGAAACCCCUCCUCCCUGACCCCACCCCACCCAACCAUCCAAACUUAGUUCAAACUGACAACCAAAAAGCCAUCUGAAGAAGGAGCAAAGGAAACGCGUUCCAAAGUGUCUUCAAUGGCUUAAGAUUAAUUUUUUUUUUAUUUUUUAGUACACAUGUUUUUUUUAACAUAUAAAAUAGAUACUCUUUGGUAGAAUUGAUCAAAUCUGCCAGAAAU